CUUUUCUCUCACACUUUGAACAACAAUGUCUUUUGUUUUACCUCAGUGCGAAAUCUGAAGUAACAUCUCUACUGUCUGUUAAUAUUGCAAAAUGAUCCUUUUAAAACAAAAUACUCUUUAGCUGAGAGGUUUAGUUGCAUUCAGAAUAUGUAAACAAAUUAUACCUAUUUUUGAAAGGACAGCAUAUUUGAUUUCCAGUGGUGACCGGUUGUAUAACUGACACUUGUCUCAUAUAAAGAAAAAAUACAACAAAUGUUAAUGCUAAAAACGAUGCAGUACCCAAUCGUUAUUGCUUUUACUUUUUCUACCAUGCUGUCACAUAUAGCAUGUGCGCCCGUCACCAGCUACGGAGACAGCGCAAGUAACAACAUAAACGGGCAAACGCUGAUCGACGUUGGUUCAAAAUUCAACAUUUCUAUCUUGGAAGUGAUUGGAAAAGCUAUAAAGAAUAUAGAAAACGAUGAUAAGGAGCCAGAAGAAGACAUUUGUCGUCAUUAUCCAUGUAACGACUGGAGCGAGUGGUCAGACUGCGAUGUUAGCGCUGAUAAAUAUGGAGAGGUUGGGGCUAAAUCACGCACCAGAAUUUGUGGAGGCAAUACUACACACUGUGAGCGGUACAAAAUAUCAAAACUAGUGUAUGCGUAUGAGGUGUGUGAGAAAGUUUGUCCUACUGAUUAUACUGUAACCAAGAAUGGGUUUUGUUUGAAAUAUUAUGCUGGACCGAAGACAUGGGACGAAGCUGAAGCAAUGUGUCGAACUGAUGGAGGGCAUCUCGUGCAUGUUGACUCUGAAAUCAAAGCGCAUGACGUGAACAUCACUCUUGCAGCCAAUUCGUUAUCGGGUAUCAGUUUCGAUAAGGCCUGGAUAGAUGGCCGUAGAUCCGUUCAAGGUGGUUCUUGGGCGUAUGGAUAUAAAUCUACGGAUUCGUCAUUCGUAUACUGGGGUGACAAUGAUCCCGAUAAUGGAGCUACCGAGUUAUGUAUGGUGUAUCAGAGAAAUCCCUACGCAGACUCAAAUAUGUGGCGUUGGUACGAUUAUAUUUAAACUUACAAGUUCCAGUUUGUGUGUCAGUUCGCUAACUAAAUGAAUUUCUUUCUGUUUCGAGAUAAAAACAAAAAAAAUACAUUUAGAGAUUUAUCGUUAUGUAGAGAAAGUUGGUACACAUGUGGCUUGUAUAUCGCCAAAUGAUGAUACUUUCUUAAAUGAUAAAUUGUUUGGGAUUAUUCAUGUAUUAUUUGUCAAAUAUGUGCACAUGUUUUAUGAAAAUGAAAAUAGCAACAUUUGUCGUCCAUUUUUCAGCAUUUUUUU